GCGCCGCCAUGGAGCCCAAGCACAAGGAGCUGCUGGCGCAGUGCCGCCCGAGCCUGGCGCAGGCCAUGAGCGAGGUGGACCGGGUGGUGGAGCUGCUGGAGGCGGCCGGCGCCCUGGGGCCCCACGACCUCCGCCAGCUGCGCGACGCCGCCGCCGGGAGCGAAGGGGGGGCCGCCGGCGCGCGCAAGGCCGAGCUGCUCCUCCAGCUGCUGCUGGCCAAGGAGCGCGACCACUUCCAGGACCUGCGCGUGGCCCUCGAGAAGACGCAGCCCCACCUGCUCGCCACCCUCUACCUCAACCACGGCGCCGCCCAGCCCGGAGACGCCGCCGGGUCAACUUACAGUGUCCUGUCCACAAUGCCAUCGGACUCAGAAAGUAGCAGUUCUCUAAGCAGUACCGGUACGACAGGCAAAACCUCAUCGCCUCCACCUGCAGUCGACGAUAUGAGGCAGAUGAAGGAGAAGCUGGAGACGGUUUUGUUUCAGCUCCGCCAGGUUACCCGUGAGCGGGACGAAUUGCGGAAGCGCCUUGCACUUUCCUCUCCUGGGUCAACCUUCGAUGACUGCAGGCCAAGCCCCAAACUAAACCAUGAUUAUGAAAGAUUGAAGGUACAGUGUAUGAAGGCUAUGUCGGAUCUGCAGUCUCUCCAGAAUCAGCACACCAAGGCGCUCAAAAGAUGCGAAGAAGCUGCCAAAGAGGCGGAUUUUUACCACACCUUGCACAGCCGCCUGCUAAGCGACCAGUCCCAGCUGAAGGAGGACAUGGAUACCUUGAAGCGGAAGAACAGCCAGUUGGUACGAGAGCACAACCACCUGCAGCAGUCGUGCGAGGAAAUGAAGAGACUUCAUGACGAGGAUCAGAAAGAGAUCACAGAUCUGCGCAGUCAGCAACAGCAGGUCAUGAAGCAGAACGGGUCAUCGGAGAUCCUGAACAAACUGUACGACGCAGCCAUGGACAAGCUGGAAGGCAUGAAGAAGGACUACGAUGCCCUGAGGAAGCGGCACAACGAGAAGAUUGCCAGCCACAACACGGACCUGAGCCGGCUGGAGCAGGCGGAAGAGGAGAACCGCCGCCUCCAGAAGCAGACGGACACGCUGAUGAAGCAGCGAGACACGGCAGUCCACUUCCAGCAGCAGUGCUCCUCCUCUCUGAGAAGAUUUGAGACGGUGCAACAAGAACUGAGCAAAGCCACCGCUCAGAACAAGGAGCUGCAGAGGGAGAUGGAGCGCUUGCAGUCAGAGGUGACGAGGUUUAAAACGAUGCAGCUGAAGGCCCUGAAGGAUGCGGAGAAGCACAAGGAAGAGAGGGACUCCGUCUUCAGCGAGUAUCGGCUCAUCAUGAGUGAGAGGGACCAAGUCAUCAAAGAGGUGGACAAGCUGCAAACGGAGCUGGAGGUGGCAGAAUCCAAGCUGAAAAACACGUCUUCAGAGAAGAGGGUGGCCAGCGAGGAAAUGGAAGCCUUGAGACAGGAGCUCAACUCGGCCCUCGUGGAGCGCGACCGAGCCAUCUGCGAGAGGAAUGAGCUCUUGGAAAAGUACUGCCACGAAGUUAAGGACAAGGCCGAGGCCCAGAAGGAGCUUGACCAGGCAUGCAAGGAUAUCGAGACGGUGAAGGAAGAGAGAGACGUGGCCCGGAAGGAGAGGACGGAAGCCAUCAUCCAGAGGGACCAUCUGCUGAGAGAGUACUAUCAAGCUCGCCAGAUACAAGAUUCUGCCACGCUGGACAUUGAAAGGGCUAACAAAGAGAUUGACAUGCUUCGGAAGCAAUACGAGGCCAUGUCUCAGGAGCUGAAAGAAGCCGUCCAGGAAGCCGAAGUCGCCAAGUGCAGGAGAGAUUGGGCCUUCCAGGAACGUGACAAGAUUGUUGCGGAAAGAGAGAGCAUACGGACUCUUUGUGACAACCUGAGGAGGGAGAGGGACCGAGCGGUCAGUGACUUGGCAGAGGCGCUUCGCAACCUGGACGACAUGAGGAAGCAAAAGAAUGAUGCUGUGCGUGAAUUGAAAGAACUGAAAGAGAAGAUGGAGAAUCAGCUGGAAAAGGAAGCGAGGUUUCGGCAAUUGAUGGCCCAUAGCUCUCAUGAUUCAGCCAUUGAUACUGAUUCUCUGGAAUGGGAAACGGAAGUUGUAGAGUUUGAGAAGGACAGGGACGACAUGGAUUUGAAAGCACUUGGUUUUGAUGUGGCCGAAGGUGUGAAUGAGCCGUAUCUCCCCGGGGACUGCGGAAUAUUCGUUACCAAAGUGGACAAAGGAAGUAUUGCAGAUGGGCGCUUACGAGUAAAUGAUUGGCUGCUGAAGAUAAACGACGUGGACCUCACCAACAAGGACAGGAAACAAGUAAUUAAGGCCGUGCUUAAUGGCGGAGGAGUUAUUAAUAUGGUGGUUCGAAGACGGAAGUCCUUAGGAGGGAAGGUGAUAACGCCUCUGCACAUCAGUCUCUCUGGCCAUAAAGAUAGCGGGAUUAGUCUAGAAAACGGAGUGUUUGUUGCUGCAGUGGUUCCUGGUAGCCCAGCUGCCAAAGAGGGGUCCCUCUCGGUGGGAGACAGGAUAAUUGCCAUAAAUGGCAUUGCACUAGAUAAUAAAUCUCUGACUGAAUGUGAAGCCUUGCUGCGGAACUGCAGGGAGUCUCUGACGCUUUCGUUGAUGAAGGUUUUUCCUCAGAGCUCAAGUUCAUCUUGGAGCGGUCAAAACAUAUUUGAAAACCUUAAGGAUUCUGAGAAGAUACCCAACUGUAGGGUCCACACCUCUGAGGUGCAGGUUCAGAAUAAAAGAAAUCUGAAACACAACAGCUCCACUCAGACAGACAUUUUCAGCCCGGACAUAAUGGACAUCAAAAAGGACCAGAGUGACCCCGAAGGCGGCUUGUACUGUGAUCUCAAACCCUUCUCCAAUAGCAUUUUACACGCUAACUCUCGCCACGGCUCAGUCCAUGGGUGCCAUAGCAACUCGGAACACAGCCUUGGCUCCUUUAAUCCAGAUGCGUAUGGGGAGCCAAGCUACGGGAUUGUUAACCUGAGCAACAGAAAGUUGCCCUUUGAGCCCACGGUCCCGGACUGCAUGAUGGUGGAGAACACGUUGGACAAAGAACACGGAAAGCACAGCGGCGGCACCUGGCCGAAAGUCAUGGUCAACAUCGCCGCUGCGGAGACAGAAAAGUUUUCCGUGUACAAAAAGCCAAAACAGAGGAAGUCCAUCUUUGAUCCGGAUACUUUCAAAAGACCCCUGACGCCUCCCAAAAUGGACUAUUUGUCUCCGAGUCAGGUGAUAGGACAUUCUCCCCAGCCCUCCAAAACGGAAGCCAUUUCAACCCCUCCCACCCCUCCCAAGCGAAGUGACUCCAUUAAGUUUAAACACAAACAGCAAGCCAGUUCCACUUCAGACUCGACUGUGACCACGGGCUCUCCCCCUCCCAGCCCGGCAGCGGUCCCGCCCCCUCUGUCCAUUGACCUCAAAGCUGACUGUGGUAUGCACAAGGGGCGGGGCAGGCCCUCUGGGCAUUAUUACAGGGAGGAGGGGCUGGACUCCGCCCACUUGCCCUCGAGGAAAUCCUGUGAAGAUGACAUUGGCUUUCAAAGGGUGGAAGAGCCAGAGAUCAAAAGACCAAGACCCAAGUCUGCUCCUGCCUUAAGACAUAAACUAACACCUGUGCUGGUUCCAGCCCAGCAGCUCGAGAUACAAAAAUUCAUGCCCGCAAGUGAAGAGCACCUAUCUCCUGAGCUCCAGGAGUGGCCAUUGUAUUCACCCCAACGGUCCAGUAGGCACAGUGAUGGGUUUAUGCCUCCUUCUCUCUACUCGGGAAGCCUGUCUGCAGGCACUGUACCAAGAAACAUCGCCCCAUGUCCUGCAGUCACUGCUGUUAUGAGGAACCCUGUUUACACGGCUUGGAGCCACAGAGUUAAUGCCACCAACUGUCAAUCUGUUCCCAGCCAGUUCUGUCACCAGCAUUUACAUCCCAGUUCUCAGCACCAGGGGCGCUUGAGUUUGGACCUGAGCCACAAGCACUCUGGAGAGUGUUCCGAAAAUUCGCGUACAAGAUCGUCGCAUGGUUCGAACUCACUUCCAUCCAGUGCAAGACUCGGUUCUUCCAGCAACUUGCAGUAUAGAACAGAACGAAUAAAAAUACCUUUGACGCCAAGAUACCCGAGGUCCAUCAUCAGCUCCGACCGGGGUUCGCUGUCGCAUUCCGAGUGCAGCAGCCCCAGUCUGAUCACGCCACCUCAGUCGCCCCUGAACUUGGAGACCUCCUCCUUCACCAGCAGCCAGUCUCAAAAUUCUCUUUCCACGCUGCCCAGAAUCUCCGUGAGCCCGGUAUCCAUAGGACAGCGGCAGAAAGACAAGCCAUACAUGGAAGAACCACGGCAUGUCAAAGUGCAGAAGGGCUCCGAACCUCUUGGGAUCUCCAUCGUCUGUGGUGAAAAUGGCGGCAUCUUUGUGUCAAAAGUAACCAGUGGGAGUAUCGCCCAUCAGGCUGGCCUUGAAUAUGGGGAUCAGUUGUUGGAGUUCAAUGGGAUAAAUCUUCGGAACGCCACAGAACAACAAGCCCGAUUGAUAAUUGGACAGCAGUGUGAUACCGUAACAAUUCUGGCGCAAUAUAAUCCACACAUGUUCCAGCUUGGGAAUCACUCACGUUCAAGCUCCCGCCUGGAACCUGUGAGCAGCCAUUCCACUCCGCAAGGCAGUGGAGCCGCCACGCCCGACAGCCAUUCGGUAAUUGAUACUGUGAGUGAACAGGACGAAGGGACGAUGACACCCACCUCCAAACAGACCACUCCCACAACCAGUCCCUGCAAUUCAAUCAGGAAUUCCAUGGACACAAGCAAGAAGACCGAGCCUAGAACGAUUGUCGUCAAGAAGUCCCAAGCGGAACUUGGAAUCCAGAUCUGUGGUGGGAACCUGUAUGGGAUAUUUGUGUCUGAUAUAGAAGAAGAAAGCCCUGCCAGAGGUCCUGAUGGGUUGGUGCUAGGAGAUAUGAUUCUUGAGUACGGCUCUGUUGACAUGCGGAAUAAAACCGCUGAGGAAGCUUACCUUGAAAUGCUGAAGCCAGGAGAAAGCAUCAGAAUAAAGGCUCAAUGCAGAAUACAAGAAUUCAACAGGAUCAAAGAGUUACCUGGAGAUGGGUUCUACGUCAGAGCACUUUAUGACCGGGUUGCAGAAGUAGACCAGGAUUUGAGCUUUAAGAAGGAUGACAUCUUGUACGUCGACAACACUCUGCCGCAGGGGAGCUUCGGUUGUUGGAUGGCGUGGCAGCUGGACGAAAACGCCCAGAAGUUGGAAAGAGGACAGAUCCCCAGCAAAUACAUGAUGGAGCAGGAGUUCUAUAGGAGGCACAGCAUGUCCGAGGCGAAGGACGAGAACAGUUCCACAAAGACGUCGUCAGCUGCAGCAAGGAGGUCGUUCUUCAGGAGGAAGCACAAACACAAGCGCAGCGGGUCCAAAGACGGAAAGGAUUUGCAGGCCCUGGAUACAAUCAGCACGGACUCCAUCCCUUUCCUGGAGGAUGCGGUCAGCUUGGCUUAUCAGAGAGUCCAGAAAGUGGACUGCACAUCUCCUAGGCCUGUGCUUAUCCUGGGGCCAUUGCUUGAUGCGGUGAAGGACAUGUUGGUAAAGGAAUCUCCAGGAAAAUUUUGCAGAUGUCCUCUUGAGGUGAUGAAAGCUUCUCAGCAGGCCAUUGAGCGGGGUGUGAAAGACUGCCUCUUCAUAGACUACAAGAGACGCAGCGGGCACUUCGAUGUGACAACGGUGGCCUCCAUAAAAGAAAUUACAGAAAAGGACUGCCACUGCCUCUUGGAUAUCGCUCCUCACGCUAUAGAACGGCUCCACAGUAUUCACAUCUACCCGAUCGUCGUCUUCAUUCGCUACAAAAAUGCCAAGCAAAUCAAGGAGCAAAAAGAUCCCAUCUUUCUGCGGGACAAAGUGACCCAGAAACAUUCCAAAGAACAGUUUGAGACUGCUCAAAAAAUAGAACAGGAGUACAGCAAGUAUUUCACAGGCAUUGUCCAAGGCGGUCCUCUUUCGACCAUUUGCACUCAGAUCAUGACAACUGUGGAUCAAGAGCAAAACAAGGUCCUGUGGAUUCCAGCUGGCCCUUUAUAGAAACCUGCUCCAAAAUGGCUGAAACUCUGCACCAGACUCUUAAUAAACUUUGAAGGGUGGGGUGGUCCAUUUAUACCUGCCUGUAUGGUGGGCACAGAUGAUAGAUCCACGUGAGUGACAAUACGCAGAAGAGGUACUCGGAAAGGAUGUUGGCAGAAUUCUCAGAAACGUGAUUCUAUAUGAAUGGACUUCUACAGAAUUCCUUUUAAAUUUCCAUUUUAAAAAGACUGCAAGGUUACAGAAAAAGUGAAAGAAACCCUUUAAGAUACGUUUACAAAAUCUUUUUCCCCCCCAAGUACUUGGAGGUUCAUGUUUACUUGAAUUUUUUAAACAAUUGGUUCGAAGUUUGUUUUUUUUUGUUUCGUUUCUGUUUCGUUUUUGUUUCGUUCUCUGCUUCUGAUAAGGAAGGCGAACAGCAAAGUAGAGUUUUCUUCGUGCUGAGUGAAGCUGACCUUUCCAUGGUGUGGUUCUGGUGUUCGUCUACGAACUUUUCACAUCAGAAUAACCACACGAAUUGUGAACAAGCUUUUGCAUAGGUACGUGUUUUUGGGAGCGGAUAUAGGAGGACUCCAAACACAUAGGUCAGGCCGCUUGUUCAUAUUUCACAAGUUCUUUGUCCCAUCAGAAGCUCCAUGGGCUUUCUUUUAUGCAUGGAUCUGCUUCAUAAUGUCAUGAUGUAUCUGAUCAAACUGUGCUCGUUGUGUAUUCAGGAAUAGUGAUUUUGGGGUUGUUGGGCCUGUGUUUAAGAAGCAGAUUGGGAGGGUUAAUAACUGGCCCUGGACUGCAUUAUUUUAUAGCUUGGUGUAGGUAUAGUGUGCUUAGUUGGAAGCGUACAUUGCUCAUACUUUGGUGUGUAGUAGCCAUAGGGAUUUUAAUUUAAUUAGAAGCACAGUCUUCAGUUUUUAGGGAUCUGAUAACCUCUAGUGUGGUCCUAUAACUGUUAGUUUUUGCCAUUGUCAACAAAUAUUGUGUAUGUUUUUAAAAGAAUUGUUACAAUACUUCCUGACUGUACCAAAUUCCAUUUUAUGUGUCUCUUUGCACUUUUAACCUUGUUUUUCCAGCAGUUUUCCAGCACUUCUAACCUUAUUUUUCCUUCGUUUAAAAAAACACACAAUUGCAUGUCAGAGUUUUGUAGGUACUGUAACUUUAUUGUUGGUGUUCAAGUUGUCUUUUGCAUUGUGAUAACUUGCUCCUAACAUUUCAUAAUGUAGAAAGGUCCCCCCCCCACUUUUUGGUUUUUACACUUCAGUUGUUUUAGUUUUGGUUUUAUUUGCGUUAAUUUUUUAAAAAGGGAUUCUUCUUGCACAGUUGUUCAAAGACAAAAAUUGGUUGGAAAUUUUAAUAUCUGUUUUGCUGAUUACUGUUUUAUAAUUCAAAAUACAGGCGAGAGAAAAAAGGAGAGGGAAAACUGUAGAAAGCCUAUUGAUAAAUUCUUGGAUGAAAUACUGUUUAUAAGUUGAGGGACAGCAGUUAUAUAUUUUUUUAAAGAGAGAGGCCAGAGUUGGACUUCAGCGGUCCGCUUGAAACAGACCAGCACUGUUGCAAACAUGGAUUUUUCUAUACUAAAAAAAAGUCACUUUGUAUUUAAAAAGUUAAAGAAACUGAUUAUUGAGUUUAAAUAAAGGUCAAUUUCUAUAACUUG